AUGGCAGGAACUUCGAUGAAUCCAUUCCAACAUAUAGUUGAGCCUCUGGAUCCCCGGGUUGCAAAUCAGCAGUUUUAUAACCUCUCCAACCUUAAAGAUCCCAGAUAUGACCGCCUGCCAUUCUCCAUCCGUGUUCUAUUGGAGUCUGCGAUCAGGAACUGCGACGGCUUUCUAGUCAAGCAGUCCGAUGUGGAAAAUAUCCUUAACUGGAAGCAAACCCAGAAGCAGACAGUGGAGAUCCCGUUCAUGCCGGCACGCGUCAUUUUGCAGGACUUCACUGGCGUACCAGCUGUGGUGGAUUUCGCCGCCAUGCGCGACGCGGUGGUUAAGCUAGGUUGCGACCCCGAGAAGGUCAAUCCUGUUUGUCCGGCUGAUCUAGUCAUUGAUCAUUCCAUCCAAGUGGACUUCAACAAAAAGUCUGAUAGCCUUCAGAAAAAUCAAAACCUGGAGUUUGAACGUAACAGAGAAAGAUUUCAGUUUCUAAAGUGGGGCUCCCAAGCAUUCAGGAACAUGCGCAUCAUUCCACCUGGUUCGGGAAUCGUCCACCAAGUCAACUUGGAGUAUUUGGCCCGGGUCGUGUUUAACCACAACGGCUAUUUCUACCCUGACAGCCUGGUGGGGACAGAUUCCCAUACCACCAUGAUUAAUGGCCUUGGCGUUCUGGGUUGGGGCGUGGGAGGAAUUGAAGCAGAGGCAGUGAUGCUGGGUCAGCCGAUAAGCAUGGUUCUUCCCGAGGUGGUCGGUUACAAGAUGUCCGGGAGUCCCGACAAGUUCAUCACCUCCACGGAUAUUGUUCUCACUGUCACCAAGCACCUCCGUCAAGUGGGCGUCGUGGGAAAGUUUGUAGAGUUUUUCGGGCCUAGCGUGGCCCAGCUUUCCAUUGCGGACAGAGCCACCAUCUCCAACAUGUGCCCAGAAUACGGAGCGACUGCAGCUUUCUUUCCGGUGGAUGAUGUCAGCGUCGAAUACCUCAAGCAGACCGGACGAGAUGCAGAAAAGCUGGACAACAUUGCAAAGUACUUGAAGGCAGUGUCCAUGUUUCGGGACUACGGCGAUGCCUCUCAGAAUCCGGAUUUCAGUCAGGUUGUAGAGUUGGACCUCAGUACUGUGGUUCCAUGCUGCAGCGGCCCGAAAAGACCUCAAGACAGAAUUCCUCUUUCAGACAUGAAAAAAGACUUUGAAAGCUGCCUGGGAGCAAAACAAGGUUUCAAAGGUUUCGCAGUGGCACCGGAUUCCCAGAAUGCGGCAGUUCCGGUACAGUUUGAUGGAAAAGAGUAUACGUUGAGCCACGGCUCGGUCGUGAUUGCGGCUAUCACCAGCUGCACUAACACCAGCAACCCGUCCGUCAUGCUCGGAGCUGGACUUCUUGCUAAAAAGGCUAUUGAGAAUGGAUUAAGUGUGAAACCUUAUAUAAAGACCAGCCUUUCGCCUGGCAGUGGAGUGGUGACCUCUUACUUGAAGGAAAGUGGUGUUAUGGAUUACCUCUCUCAGUUGGGCUUUGAAGUUGUCGGCUAUGGUUGCAUGACAUGCAUAGGCAACAGUGGGCCCCUCCCUGAGCCAGUAGUGGAGGCCAUCACCCAGGGAGAUUUAGUUGCAGCAGGAGUCCUGUCUGGAAACCGAAACUUUGAAGGUCGCGUUCACCCCAAUACCAGAGCUAACUACCUUGCCUCUCCACCACUUGUUAUUGCUUACGCCAUAGCCGGGACUGUAAGAAUUGACUUCGAGACCGAACCGAUCGGCAUUAAUUCUGAAGGACGAGAGGUUUUCUUGAAGGACAUCUGGCCCACGCGGGAGGAGAUCCAGCGAGAGGAGGCAAAUUUUGUCAUUCCGUCAAUGUUCAGAGAAGUCUAUGAGAAAAUUGAGAAAGUGAAUGAUCGAUGGAACUCUCUGGUGGCUCCUUCGGACAAGCUAUAUCCCUGGGAUGCAUCAUCAACUUACAUCAAGUCUCCACCCUUCUUUGAGGGUUUGACCAUGCAGCUAAAUGCUCCUCAGUCCAUAGACGGCGCUUACGUGCUUCUGAAUUUGGGCGACUCUGUAACCACUGACCACAUUUCUCCUGCCGGGAACAUCACCCGAAGCAGCCCCGCGGCCCGCUACCUCUCAAGCAGAAGUGUAACCCCACGUGACUUCAACUCUUACGGCUCCCGUCGAGGCAACGACGCCGUCAUGGCCCGGGGAACGUUUGCCAACAUCCGCCUGUUUAACAAAUUCCUCAACAAGCAGGCUCCUCAGACAAUUUACCUGCCAACAGGGGAAAUUAUGGAUGUGUUCGAUGCUUCAAAGCGAUACGAUGAGUCAGGAGUACCUCUGAUGAUUCUUGCCGGGAAGGAGUACGGCUCAGGUAGCUCGAGAGACUGGGCAGCAAAAGGUCCUUUAUUACUGGGCAUCAAGGCUGUUCUCGCCGAGAGCUACGAGCGGAUACAUAGGAGCAAUCUGGUGGGGAUGGGAAUCAUCCCGCUAGAGUAUUUACCAGGAGACAGCGCCGAGAGUCUCGGCUUGACCGGGCGUGAGCGCUAUCACAUCGCCAUCCCUGAGAGCAUCACCACCAGAAUGAUCGUCGUCGUGACGCUCGACACGGGAAAAACAUUUAACGUACGGAUGAGGUUCGACACGGAUGUGGAAUUGGAAUAUUUUCACCACGGGGGCAUCUUGAACUACAUGAUCCGCAAGAUGUCGAAAAAUUAA